AUGAUUCGAUUUUCAACUCUAGUGAACAGUUCCACUUGGCGGCAAAAUGGAACUCACUCCAUAUUCAAAAUUUCUCACUUCAAUGCUACUGAGCUAUGUCAUGCUUCAAUCCUCCAAAGACUCAAGGAACCAAAGCCUAUUGAACAAGUUCAUGCCCACAUUGUUAUCUCUGGUCUUUCUCAGAAUACACGUCUUUGUAACAGACUGAUGAAUUCAUAUGCAUCAUGUGGAGUUAUAACACAAACCCACAAAAUAUUUUCUCUGUUGGAACACAAAAACUUAGUUUCUUGGACCAUAUUGAUAAAUGGGUUUACAAAAAAUGGCUUUUUUCUUGAAGCUAUUGAGGUGUUUGGUAAGAUGGUUAAUGGUGGGUUAAUGCCUAAUGCAAUCACAAUUUCAAGUAUUUUACCUGCUAUUGGAAAAUUAAAGUUGAACCUGAUAGGGAAAUCACUUCAUUGUUGUUGGGUUAAGCAAGAGUAUCCAUGUAAUGUGUUUGUCCAAAGUGCAUUAGUUCAUAUGUAUUCGAAAUUGGGGUAUCCCAUUGCUGCCAGAUACGUGUUUGAUAGUAUGUCUGAGAGGAACAUUGUCUCGUGGAACGCGAUUAUUUUUGCUUAUUCUAAUAAUGGUCUGGUUGAGGAAGCAAUUCGACUUUUCAAUUUAAUGAGAAGGAGCUUGUCAGUGGAUACGUUUACGAUAAUGAGUUUGGUUUCUGCUACUUUUGGCGUUGGGGAUUUACAAAUAGUUACUCAAGUACAUGGUUUAGUAGUUAAAUCUGGUCAUUAUAACAACCAACGUGUUGAAACUGGUCUAAUAGAGAUGUAUAUUGGUGUAAACUGUGUUGAUGAUGCUUACUGUAUAUUCUGUGAGAUGCCUGUAAAAGAUGUAGUUGCUUGGACAUUGAUGUUAACGGGGUUUGUGAAGAGUGGAAACUGGAGUAUGGCGGUGGAACAUUUCAAUCAGAUGAUGGCGACGGAUGAGGUGGAGCUUGAUUCGGUUGCACUGAUAGGUAUCUUAUCAGGAUGCAGCAGUUCAGGAGCUUUGCAGCAAGGCAGGAGGGUGCAUGCAUUGGUGAUAAAAUUUGGUUUUGAAGGUGAUACUUUUUUGGGAUCAUCUGUUAUAGACAUGUAUGCAAAUUGUGCUGAGUUAGGUGAUGCCAGAAGAUUUUUUGAAGGGAUGGCUAGGAAAGAUGCUGCAUGCUGGAAUGCACUGAUUGCUGGUAAUGGGAUGCUUGGGUACUGUAAUGAUGCAAUAGACCUUUUCCUGAAGAUGAAGGAUUUAGGUAUAGAUCCAAAUGAGUCAACCUUGGUUUCUGUCUUGAGUGCUUGCGGUCAUGCUGGGUUGGUUGAUCAAGGAUUGUAUAUUUUUGAUAGUAUGGUAGCAAGAUGGAACCUAUAUCCUAAUCAAAAGCACUAUGCAUGUGUUGUUGACCUUCUUGGACGUGCAGGGAGAUUAAAUGAUGCUUACUCAGUAAUUAGGAACAUGCAUUUGCAACCAGGUGUGGAUGUUUAUGGUGCUUUGCUUGGUGCUUGUAAAGCUCAUGGGAAUAUUGAGCUAGGUGUCGAGGUAUCACAGAAGCUUUUUGAGCUGAAGCCACAUGAUGCAGGAUAUUAUAUACUUCUCUCGAAUAUUUAUGCUUUAUCUGGAAAUUUGGAGGGUGUAAAGUCAACCAGAUUAUUGCUCAAAUCGAAGAUUUUGGAGAAGGAUCCAGGCCUGAGCUCAAUUGAGAUAAAUGGAGCUGUUUACACAUUUAUGGCGAGCGAAAAGGAUCAUCCCCUAUAUCUUGAAAUUUCUAGGUUUCUGAAGGACUUAAUCUUCAGAAUACAAGAAGAAGGAUAUGUGCCUGAUUUAAAGUCUGUUUAUCAGGAUGUGGCAGAGGAUCUGAAAAAGGAUAUUCUUUAUCACCAUAGUGAGAAGUUGGCCAUUGCGUUUGGAUUGAUGAGAACAAAACCAGGAACAAUCAUACGGGUGACAAAAAAUCUCCGAGCAUGCAAUGAUUGCCACUCUUCGUGUAAAUAUAUCUCCACAGUUUUUGAAAGGACGCUUGUCAUCAAGGACAAAAACCGCUUUCAUGUUUUCCAAGGUGGGAACUGCUCAUGUGGGGACUAUUGGUGACAAUGUACUCUGAUUAAUCAACAUUGACUUAUCCCACGAAACCACCUCAUCUACAAAAUCUCUGAGAGUAAUUUAUACUACUUAGUUUUGAUGUUUACAUCCAAGCCAGAUGGUGUAGCAUUUCAAAUGGACCAUGAACACCCAUCAGCAUCAACUUAUCGUCAAAUGAUUCUGACCAGAUAGCAAAACUCCUCUUUCAGAACUCUCUGAGAUCCACUUAUUGGAAGAGAACUACUCCUCUAUCUGCUUCU